AUGACGUUAACUAUAAACAUGGCGGCCUCCGAGUGGGAAGAAGUGAAGCGGCUUGCUGCAGAUUUUCAGAAGGCGCAGCUGCAAGGAACCGUGCAAAGGUUGUCGGAGCGUAACUGCAUACAGAUCGUUCAGCAGCUCGUUGACCGGCGUCUGCUUGAGGUCCUCUACACGCUCGACGGGCGCACGUACCUCACCCCGCGAGAGCUCGCACGCGGCGUCCGCGACGAGCUAGCGGCGCGCGGGGGUCGCGCCGCGGUUGCCGACCUCGCGCGCGACCUCAACGUCGACUACGGGCACGUCGAGAUGAAGGUCGCGGAGAUGGUGAAGGUCGACCCGUCCCUGCAGGUCACGCUCGGUCAGGUGAUCGACAGGUCCUACAUCGAUCGGCUAGCCGAGGAGAUAGACGACAAGCUGCAGGAUGCUGGUUACGUCCGUCUCGCCGACCUCAUCAAACUCUACGACCUUCCCUCCGACUUCCUCUCCGCCGAGAUCUCCUCGCGGCUCGGCACGAGGAUCCGCGGACGCGCCGACGACGACGGCGAUAUCCUCACCGACGCGUACCUCUCGCGGGAGCGCGCUCGCGUGCGGGGUGCCCUCGCCGGGACGACGCGUCCCACGCCGGCGCGCGCCAUCGUCGCGCGGCACGGCUUCCGCGAGCGUCUCUUCGCGGCCGUCGCCGCCGAGCUGUCGCGCGCGGGCGAGGUAGGGGGCGCCGUCGCGGGCGGCGCGUGGGUUCCCGCCGGGUACGCGCGCGCGCAGGCCGACCACGUGCGCGCGUCGUACGCGCGCAACGGCUACCUCGAGUACGACUCCCUCGCCCGCGUCGGCGUCGCAGACCCGGAAGGGUACGUCCGUCGCUUACUCAAGGACGAGUCGCUCCUGUAUUUAUCGUCGUGCUGCUGCGGGGCGUCUCUCGAACAGCAGGUCGAGGCGGCGCUGGAGGAGGCGGCGGCGGCCGAGGGCGCCACCGUCGGCGACGACGGGUCGGUCGCGAGCGCGGCGUUCGUGGAGGCGUGCGCGAGAGGGUUCGACGACGAGAUCGCGCGCGCGGCGGCGGUUGCCGCGGCGACGAAGCGCCCCGCGGAGGAGAGGAAGCCGAAGGAGGAGGCGAAAGAAGGGCGGCAGGGGAAGAAGGAGGAGAGGAGGCAGAAGGCGGUCGGGGGCGCGCGCGGCGGAGGAAAUCAGGGGAGGGAGACGAAGCAGAAGUCGCUGAAGAAGAAAGGACGCGGCGGCGCGCGGGGAGGAGACGACGAUGACGGAGGAGGAGGAGGAGGAGGAGGAGGGGAGGCGGCGGCGGCGGAGGAGGAACCGGAGUUCCUCUCCGCGGACCAGCUGGAGGAGGCUCUCUCCGCGCGGACGGAGAAGGAGGGUUGCCCCGAGGAGCUGACGCGAGCGAUAGCGGAGCGACUGCGGCGCCCCCUGGCGAGAAGAUACCGCGACGCGGUCGCCGCCGCCCGCGCCGCCACGUUCACCGCGGGGUCGUCGUCACGGCGACGCGCGCACGACGAACUCAGCGAGAAGGUGAAUGGACUCGUAGCAAACAUGCGUAUGUUUGAGCGCGGCGUUGCUACGUUCCCGGAAGCGGACGCCCGCCCCGCGCUCGCCCGCUAUCUCAUCCGCACCGCCGGCGCCGAAAUCACGCACCUCAUCAUCGCUUACCUCGCCUCCGACGACGGUGGCGCCCCCGCGGUCACGCCGGAGAACUGCCGUCAGGUGGCGUCGGGUAUCGGCGACGCGGGCGCGAGAGCGAGCGCGGUGGCGCUGGCGGCGGAGGCGGUGGCGGGGACGGAGCUCGACGGGUUUCACUCGCGGCUUGACGAGGCGUUGGAACGGUGCCAAGUUCUCGUGCGGAAGCUGGACAAGAAGAAAGAGAAGCAGAUGGCGUACGGCCACCGGAUGGCGCUAGCGGACCAGCUUCGCGAGGAGACCAACCCGGCCGCAACCCUUCACCUCGCCGCGCUCCUCCUGCACCACGUGCACGCUCAGCGCCCCCUGGUGGCCCCGGGCCGACUCGUACCGACCGUGCUCGCCGCGCUGCGCGGGCGCGUCGCCGACGGCGACCACGACGUGCUGCUCUCUUGUCAGGAGCUCGUCGUGCGGCUGUGGAUACUGCAGUUUGAGACUGCACCUUAA